ACUAUUACAACUUCUGUUUCAUGCCAAAUUUAAUAUAAUUAUAUUUCAUUAUGCUGCAAAUACAAAAUUGUUCAAUUUCAUAGUUUCAUCUACUGCUCUUCUAUCCACCUUAUUCUUAAAAUAUGAUUGGGUGCGGCCAACUUGAAUGUGUGAGGCAUCCAGUGUCAUCGAGUUCCAGUUAAUUUAGCUUGCUAUCUUUGCUGUAAAAUGUUUUGCAUUAGCACACAUUUUAUCAGCAGUGGUCUCUAGAGAAUGCAUCAUCAUAUGCAACGUCCUCAUUUAUGCAUUAAAAUAUCCAUAUCACAGUGUAAGGUCUUGGCAGCCCCCUUCCAGCCUGUGGGCUUUGCAGAAUGCUGGCUAGCUGAUCAAUUCAACAGUCUUAGCCCUCUGUUCCUUGGCUUGAGGGAUCUGCUGUGCUUCUAUACCUAUCAGAUCAACUGGAGAGAUAUGUGGUCUGACAGCCUUCCAUCCACAGUGAGUCUGGACUGUGGGCAGUAUAGUAUGGCUGUAACCUGUCUGAUCCAGUGUUUUCCACCAUGGCUUAGAUUUGCACAAUGCCUGAGGUGCUUCUGGGACACUGGCCACACACUACAUCUACUGAAUGCAGGAAAAUACUUCACUGUGUUUCUUAUGGUCACAUUCGCCGGCCUCUACAACAUGGCUAGAGAGAGAUCUGCCCUGCUUGAAGAGGGGAGGAUAUACCUGUAUAUAUGGGCCGUGGCUACCUGUACGGGUGUUCUAGUUACAGUGAGUUGGGAUUUAAGGAUGGACUGGGGAUUACUUCAGGGAAAUGGCCUGCUAAAAGAUGAGUUGGUGUACUCCCAACAGUUGUACUACUACGCAGCCAUGCUGGCGGAUGUGCUGUUGCGGGUCUCCUGGGCUAUAAAUAUCCUUCUGGCUCAGAUGAAGGAUUCAGCUGCAGCUGCCACUGCAAGUGCCCUGCUGGCACCACUGGAAGUCCUCAGACGUUUUAUUUGGAAUCUCUUCCGGCUAGAGGACGAGCAGCUGAAAAACUGUGAUAAAUGUUGUGCUGUUCGUGAUUUCUGGAACAUCUGGAGGCAUCUGGAAAAGGAUCUGGAUGUUCUGUCUGAAGACCAUCACAAAAUUACCACACAUGGCACAAUAUGCUGUUUACCUCUCCCAAAUCAGAGGGUAAAGGAGACAAAACUGCCUGCUGGGGGAACAGAUGCAGAGAUUCGCCCAUGUAUUUAAGGAAGAAAAUAUAUCUGUAUGAAAAUGAACGAAAUUCAUUUGAGAUAUUUGCGUAAUGCAGGUAGGCAAAUGAUAUGUUAGAUAAGAAAAAUAUUAACCGUAAUUAAUUCUGUAACUAUCUCUGUUUAUCUAGACCCUAUUGAGACAUUGCACAUGUAUUGUAUUUUCUGCAUUCAAGUAAAACUGAGCUAAUGUUU